CCAUUCUCCGUUUACACGCUUUCGCGGAAAUAUCAAGUCCCCGGCUGGUCCGGGAGCCGUCAAUUCCCUUUGUCAUCUCGUCCUAAAACUUGCGGGUCUCCAACUUGCGGACACUCGGUUCGCAAUGUCGUCAGCACCCGUUUCGCGGAAACUUGUUCACGAUGCCGCAGAGUUGACAGAAUCUCGCCCACUCUUUGUGCCUCCUUUCAAGGCGUCUUUUCACCGUAUCUUCCUGUCCGCCCUUAAAGCGUAUUUCUCUGGCUAUGCCGUGGCAUGCAUCCCGCGUAUCGUGUCCCUUAUCCUUAAGAGACUUGUCUCGCGAGGAAAAAACAGCUCCAAGGCUCCUGCGCACUCGCUACUCGGGCAACUCUUUCAAAUCUUGAGCAAAAGUUUCAAGGCUCGGUUGCCGUGGUUCUUCUUAGUCUUGAUUGGCGGGUUUCGGCUAUUCGAUCGCCUGUUUUGGGAGAUAGCGCGGAAGGUUGGGUGGAGGCCUUUGGAUGGCAAGACCGCUGUCGCAUGGGAUGGUAAAAAGAAUGGAAACGGAAUGGUGGUGGGAUCUGUUGUUGAAGGUGUGUCCAUGGCCGCGGAAGCCGAUGAUCAUCCAUACGAAGCUUCUCCCAACCUUGAGUCUAAACGUCAAAUAGACACCAAGAAUGCCCCGCAACUUCCGCCGGCGCGUAACAUCCUAUCUCCAACGUUCCUUGCUGGAGUUGCGUCCAGUGCAUUGGCACUCCUGACCAUUGAACCCGCCCGGCGAGCCGACUUUGCGCUGUUUACAUUGGUGAGAGCUAUGGACUCUUUUGCCUCGUUCCAGAAUCACAAGAUUCAAAGGAUGUUGCGAUGGGUCCCACCGAUAUUGAUGAACAAUAUGGACACAUCCGUGUUUGUGGCAUGCUGCACCCAGAUCAUGUAUUGCUGGUUUUACUAUCCCGAAGCCCUACCGCGUAGCUAUGUGAAGUGGAUCCAGAAAAUGUCACGUAUGGACCCUCGUCUUCUUGAGGCCGUCAAGCUCUUGGGGAAAGGCGUUAUGGUAUACGGUAAAGACACUGGACAUGCUCAUCUUGUUGGCGAUUAUGCAGAAGAAAUGGGUUAUGGAUUUGCUGCUGGGGAUCCGGUAAACGGCUUUAUUUCAUGUACGCUGAUCCACUGCGGAAUUGAAGGCUGUUGGACCCAUCUGGUGGACGUAUGGCGUAGCGGAUUCUUCGACGCGUUGAAAAUCUACAUCCCCGUUCACCUCCUUCCGGCCUUGAUCUUCCACCGGCGACGCUUUUUUUCCAACCAGUUCCCUUCAACGGUCCUCCACGUUGCGACAAACGCCCUUCGCUCGUCGACUUUCCUCGCCACAUUCAUUGCAGGUGUGUGGGCCCCUAUUUGCGUCGUGCGAAAUGUUUCCCGGCAAGACACCACUCUGGGUCCCCUUUUAGGGUCUUUCCUCUGUGGUUUCUCCCUUUUGCUUGAGAGAAAGUCGCGGCGUAGGGAAAUUGGAUUAUACUGCCUGCCCAAGGCCCUGGAAAGUUCGUGGUGGAGGAUCACUCAUGCUCUUGGCAUGGGCGGGAUCAAGAUUCCUGGUGGAGAUGUGGCUUUGUUUGCGAUGGGAAUGGGCUACCUGUUGAGUGCUUAUCAGUACCAUCACAAGGCGUUGAGGCCAGCUGUUAGGGGAUUAUUGGGAUUUUUCUUGGUGUAGAUUGUCGUGGUUGAUGACAACUGAAUUGCCUAAUACAUGAAUUUUGAUAUUAACACUAUUGCGUG